AGCCAGUUCUACAAGACAAUGUACGGCUACAGAGAGAGAGAUGGGGCCGGAGCAGGGGCUGGGGCUGGGCGUGGCCGAGGAGGGCGUGGACGUGGACGGGGAGGAGGCGGUGGGAGUAGCAGCCACUCGAACAGAGCAGGUGCAGCGCCCGAGACGGGCCAGACAGGCCAUCUCGUCUGCGGCCACGCCCUUGCCUCGUCCUCCUCCGGCUCGCCUUCUUCCUCGCCGACAUGCCAGUGGCGCACCUCGUCGGCGCUUGCGCUCACAUUCCACCGCGCAGACCGGCACCUCGUCUAUCCGCCGGGCGGCAAGGCCGAGCUGGACCGGAUGGACCCGCUGCUCGACGAGGAGCGGCGCAAGCGGGCGCGCGCAUCGCGCCGGCCUGGUCCACCUGCAACAGCUGCUGCUGCUAUCCAGAAUGAGGGGCCCGAAGUAAGGGAGGGAGAGGGCGAGGAGGAGGGCGUGCGCAUAGAGGGACUGAGCAUCCGGCUCGACUCGGACGAGCUCGUGCGCAAGUGGACGGCCGAGCGGCGCAAGCGGUGGCCGACGGACGAGCGCGUCCGGCGCCGCAUCGCAGAGAGCUGGGCCGACGAGGGCCGGCGCGAGCUGCAGCAGCAGCAGCGGCGGCAGCGGGGGCAGUGGCAGGAGAACAAGGAUACGACGACGAUGAAGCGGGCGGCGGGGGCCAAGUCGGCCGAGGAUGCGUCGGACGAUGACGAGGAGAGCAGCUCAGAGGAUGAGGAGAGCAGCUCCGAGUCGUCGUCCUCCGAUGAUGAUGACGACGACGACGACUCGUCUGGCUCAGACAUGGACCCAGUCAAGGACGCCGUGUCGUCCAAGGUGGACCCGUCGCUGGCACAGCCCACGCCCAGGGAGGCGCCACUUCGCGCCCAGCAGCAGCAGCAGCAGCAGCAGCAGCAGCGGCCACGGAAGCGGCCGCGCGAGGCGCCGCGCAACCCGUUUGAGCCACGCCACCUGCUGCGAGCGCUGCUGUCCAGCGAGAUCGACCGGCACGUCGAUGCCGUCGCCCAGGUCAUUCGCUUCCUCGUCCGCAACGGCUUUCUGCGCGGCGUGGAGCAGCGCGAGGGCCAGGCGGCCGAGCAGGCGCGCCGGCGCCCAGUGCUCGUGGCCGACGGUGGUGGCGAGCAGGUGACGGAGGCAAAGCAGGACCAUGAGCAGAGCGAGAAGGAAGACCAAAACAACAAUGAGCAGGACAAGCAGGACAAGGAAAAGGAGCAGGAGGAAAAGGAGCAAGGGGAAGAGGAACAGGAGCGAGAGAAGAAAGAGAGACACGAGGAAGAGGAAAGGGAGCACCCCCUGGGCAGGCCCCUCUUCGAUGGCGCACUGGCAACGGCCACGGCUGCCGACUCGCAGCGACGCGGCCUGUUUCGCCCGCCGUCGCCGAGGCUGCGCGGCCUCGACACGCUGGCGAUGCCGCCCGAGCCCGACGCCCUCGUGCUCAUGGACCCGCUCCGUGCCGCCGACCCCAAGCUGCUGCCGCACCAGGACCUGUACCGGCUGGCGUGCGAUGCGCCGCUGCGCGCGCUCCUCUCGACGCCAGACCGCGCGCUGCUCGAGGCGGCGCGGCUGCGCGGCGACGACGCACCCUGCGACGCGGGCCUCGUGCGCGCACUGACCACCCUCGAUGCCCUCCCGUCGCUCCAGCACCGCACCAGCGCCCUCGAGCUCAUCCUCGGCGUCUCGCAGCAGUCGCGCGUGCAUGCACACCAGCUGGCGCCCACGCACGUGCGCCGCGACCACCAGCCGUCGCUCUCGGCGCGGCGCAUCAUCGGCGAGGUCGAGCUGUUCCGUCUCGGCCUGCGCGUGGGCCCGCGCGAGGUCGACGUCAUCAAGCGCCUCGCCGCGCGCAUCAGCCACGUCGUCGGCGACGGGCCCCGCUUCGAGCUGGACGAGGACGAUGGCAUGCCCGACGACGACGGCGGCAGCAACGACGAGGCCGAGCAGGCCAAGCGGCGCAUGGAGGCAAGGCUGCAGGCGUGGAGCAAGGAGGCCGACUGGCGCGACAGCAUGCGCAAGCUGGGCCUCGAUCUGUAGCUGGCAUUGCCUCGACGUGUAGCUGGUAUUGUCUCGACGAGUAGAUAGCAUUUAUUCCACGCAUUCAUUCACAUUGUACAAUAGAGUAGAGUAGCAGUGUUCAAAAG